CUUAACUCAUCAUUGACACCCUAUAUUCUACCACUACACUUUACUUUCAUCCAUUCACUCAAAGACCACUACGAUUCAUAACAGUCAUGACCAAAGUCAUUACCAAACCUCAACCAAUUCCUCACAGUUUCACACUCAGCAACGGGGUGAAAGUCCCUGCUAUCGGAUUAGGAACUUGGCAAUCCCCACCUGGGGAAGUCGCAAAGGCUGUAGAGGCCGCAUUGAAGUGUGGUUAUCGUCAUAUCGACUGCGCAUGGGGGUACGGCAACGAAGGUGAAGUUGGCGAAGGCAUUCGCGCUUCCGGAGUACCCCGCGAGGAAAUCUUCAUCACUUCCAAACUGUACGAACUCCACCACAAGAAACCACACCCUGAAAUGGCGCUUCGUGAUACGCUCAAAAAGCUUGGUACCGACUAUCUCGAUCUAUGGCUGAUGCAUUGGAACAUCAACUUUGAAACCGAUGCUCCCGAUGGUGAACUCCCCCAGAUGUCUCAUGUCCGUAAGCACAAUGACAAAAUCGUCAUCGAUGUAGCUAUCGCCGAUGACGUCUCUGAGACUUGGGCGGAAAUGGAACGUCUCCAGCAGGCCGGGCUGACCAAGUCUAUCGGUGUCUCCAACUUUAACAUUUAUCGCAUCAAGAAAUUGCUGGAGACUGCAAAGAUCAAGCCUGUCGUCAACCAGGUCGAACUCUCCCUCCAAUGCCCCCAACCUGAACUCGUCGAAUGGCUCAAAAAGAAUGACAUUCUUCCCGAAGCUUACUCCCCUUUGGGGUCUACCGCCGGAAAGGCCCUGCGUGAGAACCCAACCGUAGUUGAGAUCGCCCAGAAACACGAUUGUCAAGGUGCCGCUGUGCUCAUUUCCUGGCUCCUCAUGAGGGGCAUCUGUCCGUUGCCUAAGUCUGUCACACCGGAGAGGAUUGAAGCGAAUUUGAAGACGGUGCAGCUUUCUGACGACGAAUUUUAUGCCCUCGAAAAACUUGCAGAGGAUCAUCCUUCCAAACGAGUUUGUGAUCAGACUGACGACCUUCACCCACGUUAUGACAUCUUCCUCGAGUCUCAUCCCGAGUUGAGCGACAAAGCUCAGUAUGCCCAGGAGCUUGCUUGAACCCCACUUUCUCCUCGUGUUCGAGGUCAUGUCACCCACAAGGAGUGCGUGCUUCAACUUCUUACAAGGAGUGGAUCACCAAGGACCGGUUUGAGACGUUCAAAGCAUUAUGUAAUGAGAUACGAUAUGCAUUGAGUGAUUUC